GAAUUGUUAUUUAUGAUACAUGGUGAUUGUAAAUCAGUCAGUCGUCCGUCGCCUGCAUUAGAACCUAACGAACAAGGCCUGUUCUAGACAACACAACCGCUGGACUUUUUUAUCGGAUUACCGUACCAUGCAAUAGAAGACAAAAUACACAAUGAGCAUUCCAAGUGUUAAAUGAUAAUACAAGACGCCAAGCUGCGUUUUAGUAAAUACCCCCUGACACCGGAUGUGUAUACUUUCUAAUUUUUUUUUCAUCAUACAAUCUGCAACGCCUUUGGUUCGGUGGGGUAGUGCACCAUCCGCGCUACCGAGUUAUAGAGGCUGAGAUGGGAAAGAAAACUCGCACAGGAACUGGAGGACGCAGAACAAUACUGCAGCUUUCCCCACCUCGAAGCGGGACCUUCGGUGCCAGUGGAAGAGACACGUUAGGUUCAGGAUCCGAAGACGAACAGGAGGGCAACGGUGAUGGAUACAGUUUUCCACGAGAAGCAAACACAGAAAUGAGGAUCCCCGCAGUUAAGGCCACAGAGGGCUUGACCCUCCUUGGUGCCUAUGAUGACAGCGAUGAAGAGGAUACUGACUCCCAGCUUCCCGCUGUUAGAACCCAACACAACCAGUCCACAGACAUAGACAGUACACUUGCCAACUUCAUGGCCGAAAUUGACGCAAUUACCACGCAACCAGGCUCAGAAGAGCCAACGGGAGACCUGCCAACCCCCACACCACCCCGUCCAGAACCCAAAGCCCAGCAACAUGCUUCUGAAACGGGGUCAGAGCUGGACGGCACUGGGACGGACUUCCAGUAUGAUACCCACACUUCACUAGCUGGAGUGGGAGGUUUGGAGAUGGGUGACUGGCAGGAAGUGUGGGAUGAGAACACUGGUUGUUACUAUUACUGGAACACUCAGACCAAUGAGGUGGCCUGGGAGCUGCCUUACUACCUGGCUCACCAGGUGCAGGGCCUGCAGCAGUACGCAGAGAGCUCAACGGCCAAUGGCAAUGGAGCCGCACAAAUCGCAGGUUACUAUACAGAACAACACUCCGCUGAUGUCACUGUCCCGACGUCGAAGGCAAAGAAGAAGGAGGUGAUUGAAAGCGUGCUGGCCCUGACCAGUGAAGAAGAGGAGCGUCGUGGUGUUGCCGCCUCCCUCCUUGGUCCCCUCAUCCCAGCAGAGGUGAAAGAAGCCGAGGAGAAAUGGAGAAAAAGGCUGGUGGGAGGACUGGAGGAGAGGAACAACACUCUGGAGGACAGCCUCCCAGGCUCCCCCGCUCCCCCUCUCAAUGAGCCAGACACCCCAAUGCACCCCCUGAGAGACCAGCGCAGGAACCAGUCGGAGGAGAACUCCGAUGCAGAGGAGGUGGAGACUGAGGAGGACACCGUGGAACUGGAGAUGGCGCUGGAGAGGAAAAAGGCUGAGCUGCGGGCGUUGGAGGAGGGUGAUGGCAGUGCGGGGGGCUCCAGCCCCGGUUCUGAGGCCAGUCAGGAGGCCCCUGGACUCCUUACACUGCUCCCGAAAAAGUCCAAGUGGAAGACUGCCUUCCUAAUGGCACCUAGCUCCGACUCAAAUAGCAUUGGCUCAGAUGCACGGGAAGACACCGAAACAGCACAUUCCAAAGUCCCAGAGAAGGCCAUGGAAGAAGAGGAGGAGGUUGAAGCUGGGGGGGGGGGAGGAGGAGGACGGGGAGGAGACUGGGGACAAAACGGUUACAAAAGUGCCACCGAAGGAGGAAGUGGAAACUCCAGAGCUAAGUUUCAGAUUGGAGAACUUGCCAACACGUUAACUAGCAAGAUGGAGUUUUUGGGAAUCAAUAAGAAAACCAUCUCUAAUUUCCAGCUGCUUCUAUUGCAAACGGAGACACGAAUCGCUGAUUGGCGGGAGGGGGCACUGAAUGGGAUCUAUCUCCGACGCAGGCUGCAGGAAGCCGCAGAGCACAUAAAACAUUAUGAACUUAACGCCGCCCCUAAAGGCUGGUCCUGCCACUGGGACAGAGAGCACAGGAGGUAUUUCUAUACCAACGACCGCACCAGUGCCUCCCAGUGGGACUUCCCGGAGGAGGAAAAUGAGGAAGGACCUAAGACCAAUGCGUCAGUUGAGGGGGAACCCCAACCUCCACCCUUACCCACAGGUGGCCUGACAGGAGCAGGAGCUUCUGUCUUGGCAACCGUCGCUUCCCCCCAGCCUGGCAUUCCGUCCUAUUGGUCAGUGCCGCAGCCCCCUCUUCCCCCUGACCAGCCCCCUCCCCCCUCCGACUUCCCCCCGCCUCCCCCACCGCCUCCAGAGUCACCACCCCCGCCUCCACCUCCACCUCUGGAGGAUGAUGGUGAGAUCGAGGAGGUGGACAUGGAGAUGGAGGAUGAGGAAACGGAGCCUCCAGCACCUGGAACUGAGCCUCCUCUCCCCCAGGGAAUUGUGGGAAUUAAGGUUGUGGAGUCUACAGCCUCUGUUGGUAAGGGUCAGAAACGCAAGGCUUCAGGAGCAGGUCACCUGACUAAGGCUGUAACCAUCGGUAGCAACGCCAUCCUCUACACACAAACCACUGCCACAGCAGCCCCUGUGAUGUCAGGAGCUGCCUACUGGGGUGUGUCUGCGGUAGCUGCACCUCCACUGCCUUCUGAACCCGCCACCCCCCCUCUCCCGCCUCCCCCUACCCGCCCCCCACUACCACCCACUCAGCCCCCGAUGGCCAUGGAGCCCACGGGGCUAACUACCCUACCCACGGACAAGACCAAGAAACUCAAGAAGGAUAAGUCGAAGAAGAGCAAGACAAAGAUGCCAUCCCUGGUGAAGAAGUGGCAGAGCAUCCAGAAGGAGCUAGACGAGGAGGAGAAGUCUAGCUCUAGUGACGAGGACAGGGACCAGCUCAACAAGAGGAGCAUCGAGGAGUGGAAACAGCAGCAGCUACUCACGGGAAAAGCUGGAAAGAAUGCCAACUUUGAGGCUUUACCUGAUGACUGGAGAGAGAGGCUGUUGAAAAAGAGGAAGAUGAUGAAGAGCACAUAACACGCACUCCCACCUCCGCGCACACACACAUACAGAACCUAAACCUGACUCCAAACGCUGGAAAAGAAUCAGUGGACUGUGCACUUUUUUAUGCUUUCACUGUCAUUUUGAAACCGGGUUUGGAAAGCCCUUCACAUCUUGGUCUAUGACUUCAUUGGAUGGGUUUGAAUGUGUUUUUCUUUUCAUUUGUAUUGGCUGUAAAGCCCACCUGUGUUUUUACUUGUAAAUCUGGAGAUUCCCAUACCAAGGCUCCCUUCUUCAAAACAUGUUUAAAGCAUACAUGCCAUUUUCUGUGAAACGUUUGGCACUGCUAAGAAUGCUGGAGUUUCUGAACCAUGGUUUAUUGUGGGGAACAACUCCUGUUUGUAUGUUAUGUUGUUUCAACUUCCCUAUUUCCCCCAUGCCUGUUUCAUAAACUAUGUUGAAUAACAUAUUCCUAAUAACUCUGGUCUGUAUUCUGUUUUAAUGUUAUUGUACCAUUGAAGUAUGACACUUUUCUAUUUAUUACAAUGCCAGAGGUAUGCUGACUUUUCUAGCCCUUCAACUAUAGUAACUGUCUGACAAUUUUUUUAAUUCAUGGUAUAUUGUACUCAACAUAUCCUGUCAUAGGAAUUUAAAAUGGUGUAAACAAGUGCAUUAUCACAUGGCUGAAUAGUGAAAUCUUAUUGCAGCACAUUUUUUUCCAAUUAAAGAUAGAAAGUUAAGUGGUAA